AUCAAAUUGCCGCCAACGGCCCGAGAUGGGGUGCUUCCUGUCCAGCCUUUGCGACUUUCGGCCGCGAUCCGAGCGCUUCCGAGAGCAUUAUGUGCUAGGCAGGAAGAUCGGCGAGGGUGCAUUCUCUGUGGUGCGUCGCGCAACCCACAAAGAGACGAACAAGGUGUUUGCAGUCAAGUGCUACCGUAAGACGCGACUGACUGCUCGGGACGCGCAGGAUAUCCACUACGAAGUGUCCAUCCUCAAGCAAAUGCACCACCCCAACAUCAUCAAUCUAUAUGCGUUCUAUGACGAGCCGGAGUUCUACUACAUGGUCAUGGAUCUGGUCGAGGGCGGCGAACUGUUUGAUCAGCUCUUGGAGAAGGUACAUUACUCCGAGAAAGAAGCUCGAGACGUGAUCAAGGUCGUCCUGCAAGCCAUCGCAUACUGCCACAAUCUGGGGAUCGUCCAUCGCGAUCUCAAGCCAGACAACAUCCUGCUCACUAGCCGUCAUGGUGACGGGCGGUCCAUCAAGAUCGCGGACUUUGGCUUCGCCAAGCAACUCGUCGACAACCACGACUCGCUCUUGUCGUCGUGCGGCACUCCAGAGUACAUUGCCCCCGAGAUCGUGUACAACGUCUACCAUCGGACGCACAAAGUGCCGUACGGCACUGCCGUGGACAUUUGGGCAAUUGGAGUGAUGACGUUCUUCUUGGUGUCGGGGGUCACGCCCUUCCACUCGUCCAACCAGUCCAUCAUGCUGCGGAAGAUUGCCCAAGCAGACUAUAAGUUCCUCUCGCCGUACUGGGACGACGUGUCCGCCGAGGCCAAGGCGUUUGUCGGCCGAAUGCUGACGGUCGAUGCGAAGGAUCGCGCGACCGCCACCGAGUUGCUGCAAGACCCUUGGAUUAUCGGCCACGACGUUCCAGCCGACCCAUUGCCAGAAGUGUUACGGCGGAUUCAAGCGCGGCAUCGGCUCAAGAUGGCCAUUUCCACGGUCCACACGAGCGUCAUUAUCGACAGCAGCAGUCGCCGUCGGCGCAGUUUUGUCGCGCGGUCCCAGCCGCCUUCCCCGAUCUCUUCCAACGCCACUCAGAGUCUGUCGUAAAAAAUAUUGUAGUAUACCCGCGACAUCCCAGCAAAGUCUCGCCAAUUUGUUUCAAAUGCAAAUCACCUUGUUUCUGGC